AUGACAGCCUCGGAGACAACGCCAUUGAUCUACCACCACCCGGAGGAAGACAUUGAUCCGCUUCCCCAGCCCCAUAUUGAUACCAUACAUCAACCCCAGGAUGAAGAAACACUUCAUGAAUAUCGUACCGAUGUCUCACUCAUCGCUAUCCUCCCAUCCCUUCUUGUCGGGGUCUUCCUCGCGGCAAUGGAUAACCUAAUCGUAGCAUCGGUCUACGGCAAAAUUGGCUCGGACCUCAACCAACUCUCUAAAAUGAGCUGGAUCGCAUCCGCAUACCUCCUCACUACCACUUGUUUCCAACCCCUUUACGGUAAAUUAUCGGAUAUAUUUGGUCGUAAAGCAUGUCUUUUGUUCGCAUAUAUCACAUUUGCGAUUGGGAGUGCUUGGUGUGGAUUGGCAAGGAGUAUGGAUGAGCUUAUUGUCGCCAGAGCCUUCGCGGGUAUCGGAGGUGGUGGCAUGACGACUCUGGUGUCUAUUGUCGUUAGUGAUAUUGUGCCGUUGCAUAAGAGGGGAACUUGGCAAGGGUUUUUAAAUGUCAUUUAUGCUACUGGUGCGUCGGCUGGUGCGCCUUUGGGAGGAUUGAUGGCUGAUAGAAUCGGAUGGCGAUGGGCGUUUUUGUUUCAAGCUCCAGCUACAAUUUUAGCUGCCCUUCUGGUUUCUGUGAACUUGAACAUUCCACAUAGACAUCCAGACGCCAACGAUAGAACCACGUGGGAGAAAUUCAAGCGUAUAGACUUUGCCGGCGCUUUAACUCUUGUUCUUGCGGUUCUCACCCUCCUACUCGCCUUAGACCGUGGUGGUAACGUUUCCUGGUCAGACAAAAUGGUAUUAAUAACUGGACCGAUUUCGGUGGCCUUAUUCAUAGCCUUCUUCCUUAUCGAAGGCUUCUACGCAUCCGACCCCUUUGCACCACCGAGAAUUGUAUUUGACAAAGGACUUCUAUCUUGUUAUAUUGCUUAUUUCUUUGGGAUGGGAGGAUUCUUUGCUGCUUUGUUCUAUAUGCCCUUGUACUUUCAAGCAGUGCUGAGCCUCAAUGCUUCCGAGAGUGGGCUUAGGAUGCUACCAGCUAUCGCGGGGAGCGUCAGUGGGAGCCUUGGGGGUGGGAUACUGAUGCAAAAGACAGGGAAAUAUUACACGCUGACCAUAAUAUCGUACAUAUGUAUGAUAUUCGGGUGUGGUGUUGUGAUUCUGUUCACGGGUAUUGUUGGGAGAAAUUUCGUAGCGAUAGGAUGUGGAUUCGCUAUCGCUGGGUUUGGAAGUGGAUCUGGAGCUACUACGGUGCUUGUAGCCCUUAUUGCGAGAAGCGGGAACAGGGAUCAGGCCGUUAGUACUGCGGUCAGUUAUCUGUUUAGGAGCUUGGGGAGUGUAGUGGGAGUUAGCGUCGGGGGUACACUGCUACAAGGGAGCUUAAGAGCGGAUUUGAGAAAAGAAUUGAGCGGCGUUGUUAAGAAAGAAGAGGUGGAGGAGAUUGUAAGACGAGCAACGGGGACUUUGGAGUUUUUGAAGGAAUUAGAGCCGAAAGUUAGGGCAGUCGUGGUUGCAGCUUAUGAGGGGGCUGUUAGAUAUCCGUUUAUGAUGGCGUUUGUCUUUUCGUUUGUGGCGACUGCGGCGAGUUUGUUUAUUAUCGAACAGCCUCUAAAGAAAGAGACUAAGACGGCACCGGCGAGUCCAUCAGAUAGUGAGGAUGAUAGGGCUGGGUGGGAGGAGAGAACAUGA